AUGGCGAAACCUUCUCUAUGAACUCACGUCAGAGUUUGGAACUAGAUUUGGUACCGGACUUACUAAAUUUGCGUCUGUAAUGAUGAGACAUUACAGAUGAAACAGAGAUUUGAUAAACAGAGAAAGAUAUAACUGGAUGGAGAGUAAAGAAUAUGCACUUCUUAAUACACAAAAUCCUCUUUGUUGUUGGGAAUGUCAGUAUGGAUUGACCAGAGAACCGAUGGUGUGUGUGUGGAGGAGUACGAGCAGGGGAAAUAACCUGGUGAUGACUACUGAGCUGAACGUCAAAUCAAGCUUCUUCCGCAAAAUAACAAGACAGAAAUCCAGGAGCAACAAUAAGAUACCUAACAGAAGAAUCCAGUGAUGUUCUGCCAUGGAAAGCAGAGUAUUUCACUGCAACUAUGAUCUGACAUUCUUGAGCAUCUGAACAGUGCUCAAUGUGUGACCUUUAAAGUACCUGAGGUCAGACUCCCUCAUUCCUGCAGUCAUGAAAUAUCACACCCUGUUGUCUCUCAUCGUGGCCCUCCUUGAUUUUAUGAGCCCAGGUCUGACAAGGCUGAAUCCCAGAGUCUCCUUCCCUAUGGGUAGUCCUGGAAGACAUCUUACCUGCUUCAGUAACCAUGAUGUCAGCAACACCACGGUACUGCUGCUCAGUGAGGAUGGCAACAUGCUUUACGUAGGAGCCAGGGAUGCUGUUUUAGCACUUAAUGUUAGCCAGGAUGACAUCAUACUGAAAACCAAGUUGAAAUGGAGUCCACCAAACAAAGACCUUGAACAAUGUUCCAUGAAGGGCAAGAAAAUGACGGACUGUCCGAAUUUCAUUCGUGUACUGCAGUUCUUGAACAAUUCACACAUCUAUGCAUGUGGAACAUUUGCCUUCAGCCCACGCUGCACCUACAUUGAGUCAAAGACAUUUACGAUGAGCCUCAAGUAUGAUGAAGGAAGAGGUCGCUGUCCCUAUGACCCCUACCAGCGUAAUACUGCUAUCAUCAUUGAUGGAGAGCUUUAUACUGGAACUGUGGCAGAUUACAGGGGGAACAGGCCAGUCAUCUCCAGGCACCUCAGUGAGGGCAAGCAUGUUGACCUGAAGUUGGAUGACACAUUAGGAUGGCUGGAGGAUCCGACCUUCAUCAGCUCCAGCUUCAUUCCAGAGGAGGAGAAAAUCUACUUCUUCUUCAGCGAAGUAGGCAGAGAAUAUGACUUCAUCGACAGAUUUAUUGUGUCUCGUGUUUCUCAGAUCUGUGUGAAUGAUGUUGGAGGUCAGAGGACCCUCCAGCGUCGCUGGACUACAUUUGUCAAAGCGCAGCUUUUGUGUCAGACUGACAAUGAGCUGCCCUAUAAUGUGAUCCAGGACAUAGACAUCCUCCCACCAGCAGAGGGAGCUACUUCGGAUGACACACUCUUUUAUGGCAUCUUCACCUCUCAGUGGUCUAUCAACUCUGGACGGUCAGCGGUGUGUUCAUUCCGACUGACUGACAUCAAAACAGUUUUCUCUAGUAACUAUAAAGUUCUAAACCGGGACACAUUAAAGUGGAGUGUGCGAGUUCAAGAGAAAGUUGCGAAUCCAGGACAGUGUGGCCUGCACAACGCAUCAGACAACACCUUACGCUUUGUCAAAGAAAGCUUUCUGGCAGAUGACAUUGUGCGGCCUGUUGGAAGAAGACUGACCCUGGUGUCCACUGAGCAUAACUACAGCCAUUUGACGGUCCAGAGAGUCCAAGCCGCCAACAGCAGACACUACACCAUUCUCUUUCUGCUCUCAGAUUCUGGUUACUUACACAAAGCAGUGCUGCUCCAGAGUGGGGUCCACAUCAUUGAGGAGGUUCAGGUUUUUGAGCAACCUCAACCUAUCAAGACCCUGAAGCUUUCCAUACCCAAGGCUACGAUAUAUAUUGGGACAUCAGAAGGUGUAGUGAAGUUUUCCACAGCCAACUGUUCUUUCUACUGGACUUGUGCUCAGUGUGUUUUGGCUCGAGACCCCUUUUGUGGUUGGGACCCCAGCAGCAGGGCCUGUGUGUGGGUCUCUAAAAACAACACCACUCUGUGCCAAGACAUAGAUAAAGGAAAUGUUGAAGAGGCAUGUAACAGUCUUUCAGUAUCACAUAGAACCAGAUUUGGGCCAAACAAACUGCCUGCAGCUUCAUGUCCUGCAGGCGAGCUUCUGUCAGUGUCUCUGAAUGAAGUGGUGCGGCUGUCAUGUCCUGCAUCAUCACAGCUGUCCCAGCAACUGUGGGAGCGGCCCAACAGCCGACUGUCUGCAAACCUGUAUCUGCACUUGCAGGAUGGGAGUUUGAGCUUUGUGGCCACCCCUGCCACACUAGGUCACUACAUCUGCCUGUCCACAGAGAAUGGCUACCAACAAACUAUGGCCAUCUAUCAUAUCAAACAGAAGACCACUCCCUUGGCAGAAACUCCAACUACUUACACCUGGCCUCAGAUACACCCCAUACAAACUACACAGGCUGUGGUUAGAGCUGGAUCUGGACUACAUGCCUCAAGUGGGACUUGGCCUAAAAGAACAGAAUCAAAACUAGGAAAUUCUAAGCCAACACUGACCAUCAAGGGCACUAAGGUCACUACUGGGCAGCUGGGCAGAAACUUGACUCUCUGGAAGGAGGAAUCUGAGCAGAAAGAAGCAGAAUUCCAAGAUGGGGAGCAUGUGAAGGUGGCCCGAGGCCACUGCUACCUGAAGGAGUUGAUUGUUGUUUCGGUUCUGCUGUUACUCUGUCUCAGUCUGCUUAUUAUUCUGCUUAUGUAUGUCAUUAGACAACGCUUGCACAGCAGAACAGUUCCCCAGACAGGAACUCCUUCUGACAGAAGGACUUCUUUGGAAUGGGAAGCCCUAAGAGGGAACACAUCUUCGAUCAAAUCCAAUGGAAAACCACUGCAUAGACGUGGGUUUGAUUGCAAUGGGACACUCAUAGGCUCUAAUGGGAAUCUUGGCAACGCACAAUCUAAACAUCCCGAACACAUGAAUGCUAUAGAUGAGACCAGAGAUAAAGGAUGCCAUUCCAGGUGACAGAUAAUAUAUUCUGGCCCAUUUCAGACCUUGCAUUAACAUACAUCCUGGGAAUCGAACUACGAGUAACGAGCAUUCAAGUGUCAACACUCCCAGGACACAUUAAUGUACACAUUAAAGUAUGAUAAUGUCAUAAAAUAACAGUGUGCAGUUUAUUGAGUUUAAUAUCAGGGCGGAGAUCAAUAAUAAUAAUAAUAAUUAACAUGUGUGUUGUGUUUUAUUUAAGUGAAAAACAAAACAUGUCAAAGCUGUUGAGUGUAAUGAAACACAUAGUUAGGGAUGUUUUGUCAUGGUGUUUAGAUAGAGAUAGGUUGUCAUAGCAGUCCAGUAUUUGAAUACAAUAAAAUACAAU